ACAUGGCCAAGUUUGUGUUUUGUUUUUCUUGUCUGUCAAACUUGUAGCGAAACAACAAUUGUGUAUUAUAUGAAGGUUUAGUUUAAUUUUAAACUUGUCUAACGAUGGCAUAUGCUUUAGUUGCAAAUAAUUGGGAAGAUUUGAGGAAGCAGGCAAGAGUGCUUGAAAAUGAAAUUGACAUAAAGUUGGUAUCCUUCAGUAAGUUGGGCAUUGGAGAUGCUGCAAGCAGCUACAAGUCUCUCAGCGACACAUCUGUUCCACAAUCAAAAGGGCAAAGCUUUGAAAUUGUUGCUGCUGAGGUUCAACAGCUUUUGGAUAAGUUGACUGAAUUAAAUGAGAACAUGGAAGAAAUGGCAUCAUCUGAGGUGCACACUAGCUCUGCGGUUCUGCAUACUCUUCAGCGUCACAGAGAGAUUCUGCAGGAUUACAAGCAGGAAUUCCACAAAAUGCAAGCAAACUAUCAAGCCAGGAGGGAUAGAGAAGAUUUGCUGAAAAGCGUUCGCAAAGAUAUUGAUAAUUACAAGAGCUCAUCAGGCCUAAACAGAAGGUUGGAUUUAUGCCUCAAAGAAAAUGAACACAUUCGUAGUUCCGACCGCCUAAUUGACGAACAAAUUAGCAUUGCAGUCGAUACCAGGGAGCACCUCAUGUCUCAACGAUUGUCUCUUAAGCGAUUCCAGACAAAACUGAAUGACAUUUCAAAUCGCUUUCCGAUUGUUAAUAGCCUUAUUCAAAGAGUUAAUGUACGUAAACACAGAGACUCUCUUAUUCUGGGUCUUGUCAUUGGAGUGUGCACUGUGUUUUUGAUUUUUUAUGCUACCAGCUAGCUUUAAUUAGCUACUGCAGCAGAAUUUAGGAGCUACUUGUGAUGUGAUGUGGUGAUCUAGUUUUCUUGAUACACUGUACCCAACUGGUAUCAUAAUUAUUUAAAAUUCAUUAAUUUUAUCUUGACUGUUGAAUGAAAUUUAUUUAUAUUUAUGUGAUUCCAUGCGUAAAUGGUUAUUGUCAAUCCUAAAAACAAGUGCAUUUUUUUUAUAGAUUCAUGUCACACAUUAAGUUAUGACUCUACAAAUACAGGAUAAUUAUAAAGUCCGUGAAACAUUUAAAAAAAUUGGUACAGUGAAAUGGCUAAGAAUUAUGUAACAAAUUCUAUACCACGUGAAAGAAAAACUCUCAAAGUUUUUUUUUCACUAGUUAUAAAUGUUCUAUGUGUCCACCUUGCGUCACACGACACGCAUCUAAUCGAUAGUCCAAUUCUGCCCAUACCUGACUCAGAAAAUCAGGAGUAAUGGUAAGAGCAGCUGCUACAAUGCGGUGUCUCAAUUCGUCAAGGUUCUGUGUUAGAGGUGGAACAUAAACACUAUCCUUGAUGUAUCCCCACAAGAAAAAAUCGCAAGGUGUCAAGUCCGGUGAUCGUGAUGGCCACGGGAGUAGCACUUGGUCAGCGGCCGCCCCACGGCACAUCCAGCGAUGUGGCAACGUCUCAUUCAGAUAAUCUCGUACCACAUUGUGGUAAUGAGGUGGAGCACCAUCUUGUUGGAAGAUAGAAGUCCCUGCUAUCAGCUUCAAGUUGUGGCAUAAGCCACAAUUGCAGCAUGUCGAGGUAGGUGAUACCAGUGACAGUUCUCUCAGCGAAGAAGAAGGGGCCAUAAACUGUCUUGUUUGACAAUGCACAGAACGCGUUAACUUUUGGCGAAUCUCGGACGUGUUCGAGAGUUGCAUGUGGAUUCGCUGCCCCCCAUAUGUGUGUGUUGUGUCGGUUGAUUCUUCCUGAGAGAUGAAAAGUGGCUUCGUCACUGAAGAUUAAUUUGCUUGCAAAGUCAUCGUCUUCAAGACGGUUCUGCAUGGCAAUGCAGAACUGCAGUCGGAGCAAUUUGUCAUCGUGGCUGAUGGCUUGCAGAAGCUGCAAUUUGUACAGCUUCACUCUUAAUCGCUUACGAAGAAUUUUCCACACUGUUGGCUGAGGGAUGUUCAAUUCUGCACUAGCCCGAUAAGUUGACUUCUUGGGACUCCGCACCAUCACGUCCCGUACACAAUCCACUGUCUGUUGUGACAUGCCUGGCCGACCCGACCGUUUUGCAUCGCACAAACAGCCGUCUUCCUCGAAUUUCUUGUACCACUUCAUUAUGCUAUUGUAAACUGGUGGUGUUUUGUUAAACUUGCCACGGAAAGCUCUUUGGACACUCACUACCGAUUCGCUACGGGCGUAUUCAAGCACACAAAAGGCUUUCUCUGCCUGGUUCGCAGCCAUUUUCAGCAACUACAUGCACUAGCGCCUCUGUCGGUUGUUUUUUAAAAUAGCUUUUUGGGGCUACAUUCAAAAAAACUUUGAGAGUUGUUUUUCACGCAGUAUAUAAUUUGUUACGUUAUUCUUUUCCAUUUCGCUGUACCGAUUUUAUGAAAUGUUUCACAGACUUUAUAAUUACCCUGUACUAUCCCAUUAAAUAGAAUUAAGGUUUUUGUAUUCCAAUGAAUUUAAAUUGUUUGGCCAACAAUCUACCAGAAUUUUUCUCAGAAAUAAAAAAAAAUUCAGUCGUCAAAAUAACAUUUUUGCAAAAGGUUAUUCAUCAGAAAGUUGCACUUGUUUAUGAAGUAUAUUGCAUGUAAAUUAUUUGUUAUAAUGUUGUUGUACUGUACAAAUUUAAGUCAGUCAAUCUGUACAUAUAUUUUUUGAUUCACCCUUAUUCUAUUUACAUAUUUGUUAUUGAAAGGCCGGUUUGACAAUGUAUGAUUAGUAUUGGUUUUCUUACCACAUGUUAAAGACACUAGUGUGAUAAGCAUGGCAAAAUGGCCCCUAUUGCCAAUAUUUAAAAUAACAUAUGUUCUGCCAUGAGGAUACGAUACAUACAGUGUUUUGUGCCUAACCUUGAACUGUCCUUGAAAUGAUCGAAAAAGUACACGUAGAGUCAUGGACAUUCAUUACGGAAAACUUUAGAGAAUAUUAUAACUUUUUUACCAAUUUAUUCAAAAGUAAUAGCAAAAAACUUAUAUUUUAAAUUUUUUUUAAUAUUUCUAAUGCACUUACACAAACCAAAUUUUUUUUUAAAUUUUUAUAAAGAAAGCUAGGUUUAGCAUUUUUUAACAUUACAUUUAUAAAAUAACAUUAUAAAAUAAAAUAUGUGAGUAUUAAAAACUGACGUGGGUUACCUCCAAAAAUUCAACUGCGAAAGAUGAAGGGAAAAAGGCACAAAAAUUCUGUAAACAAAAAUGUUGGGUUGUAUUAGUCGAUAACUGACAUAACCUAGAAAAUAGUUCCAAGAUUUUGGUUCCUAGGCUAGUAUACAAUUUUAGUUAAGUAAAGGCCAUAAUUAAUUAGUCUAUGGAUUUUUCUAACCAUCUUAUUUUACCACAACUUGUAAAACGGUAAUAAAUUUCUGCUGUAUAAAAAAUUAUGUAAUAUUAAAUGCUGCUCUUUUUCAAGUAAUUUUGCAGUUUUCUAAAUAUUUUUAUUCUUUUAAAAUGGUUGUACAAUCUCUACAUUUUCCUGAAAUAUAUAAGUUAUGAGAUAUAUAUUUUUUUAUAUAAUUUUUAAAAUAAGUUUUUAUAGUUAAAAAUUGAACUAAUUCAUAAAGUAACAUAACUUCAAAUCAGUUAAGAACCAGUGCCAUCCUUGCCCACAAAUAUUCUAAUAAGAUUUUUAUGGUACACAUUAAAACCUCAAAACUAUCAAGAAUGACCACCGUGUUUCUGUUUGCCAAGUAACCGGAACUAAUAGUUGGUUACAGACAAAUUAAUUGUUGGUUAUAGCUAAUCAUACAUUGAGAAACAGAAAAUGUAGUUAACCAAGACUGAAUUUAAUUAGAAUUAAAUCAAAACAAAAACAUACGUUGUGAAACUGGCCCUAAAUGUUGUGUUGAACGUUUUAGAGAAUAUUCAACUGUUAUUAUUUUUAUAAAUAUAACACUAGUUAAGUUACAUGUUUGCAACUGGUAAUAUAAAGCAUGCACAACUUAUUAAAAAGUAAACUUCUCCACCAUGAAUCUGGAUUUAAGUUAUCUCAAAAAGUUGUCAUCCUGAACAUUUCUGGGACUACUCUUGACCCCCUAUAUCUCAUUGCCCGCCCAGGCCAUGCUUCAUUUAUAACUCAAAAAGGAUUAAAUCAUGUUCUGGAGAUGAAAAAAAUUGUAAAAAGAUUGUGCUUUCAAUCAAAGGUAAGGUGAAUAUAUUUAAUAAACUGGAUUCCAGCACAUCAGUUCAAUAAUUUUGCUUUGUGUUAAGUGAACUGAUAAAACAAAGAAAAUGGCAUGAGUGCAUGAUUGACCACAGCUGGCCACUGACCUGUCUCUAAGCGCUGCAUGAGCAUGCAAGUUUCAAAUCAUAAUCGGCAAUGCUAACAUCAUGCCAUUGCCUUUUAUUUUUAUGCAACUAAACUUUUUAUAAGCAUUUUUCAAUGUUUGAUGUAGUAUAAGGCUGCCUGUGUAUUCAUGUGUUGUAUAUCUUAUUUUACACCAAACAUUUUACUUAGUUGUUCAACAAGUUAAGCUGGCCAGACAGAGCCUUCCCCCCUUAAAGUUCUGAAUGUUUGAUGAAGAAGUGUUGAAUAACUUCUGUCAGAAUCAUCAAAAAAUAUAUACUUAAAGUGUUAUAUAAGAGUUGUAUAUAUGUAUUACACCAAAAAACUUAUUUUAUACAGCAUGUUCCAUGAUGCAACAUCAAGCAGAGAACAGUUGUUAGGCCAGUAAAUUAAUGUUCAAAUAAAAAAAAAAUUCCAAAAGUGUAAUAGUUUUUGCAUUAUAGACAUUUUUUCAAAGGUUUUUUAAUCCUCGCCCUGCACCAAAUUAUUAGAUACUGUGAUUAAAAGUUUUUGUUAUGCAAUCAUAAAUAAGCCUACUUUUGAUGACAACUCAAAAUGAAAUCAAACAUACUAUACUUUUAGGGUUAAAAAUUAUUAGAAAGACUUGAAUGUUAUACUGCGAAAAAUUUUCAAUAGCCAAAUUUGACUAGUUAUACUGUAAAAAAACUACUUUGCCAGUUAUUUGAAAAGAUAGCUACUCAAAGCAAAUAAUGUGCUAAGUUAGCAAAGUAAAUUUUUUUACAGUGUAAAUAGUCAAAAGUUAUUCAAUUAAAAAUUGUUUCUGCACAAGUCUUGCAAAGAAUUUUUCCCCCCAACAGUAUAUUGUGUUUGACUUUAUUUUGAAUUGUUAUCAAUAGUAGGGUAAUUUAUGAUCUCAUAGCACAAAAAUUUUAGUCAGAUUAUCUAAUAAUUUGGUGCAGGGUAGGGAUUUAAAAAGUUAAGAAAUACCUUUAACUGCGGCACUUUUUUAAUUUUGGUUUUUUAAUUCAGAACAGUUUAAUUGUUCUCGACUUAAUGUUGAGUUAUGGGACGUUCUUUAUAUACAAUAAUUUAAAAGAUAUUUAUUUUUGUGGUGGUAGUGGUAGUGGUAGUAGUAGUAGUACUAGUAGUAUUUUUGUGAUAAUUAUGGCAGUAGUUGUACUUUUUAAUAAGUUCUGCAUAUUUUAUUUUGAAGGUGCAAACAUACAAGAAAGAUUUUCUCAUAUAUAUACAUAUGUACCUUAAAGAAAGACAGGGUAUCUUUUUAAAUGUGCAGUCAUUUAGAAAUAUAUUUCAUCAACUUAUUUAUUGGGCAGCUUUCAUUUCAUUAUAAAACUUAUUGCAAUUAAAGAUAUGAAGAUGUGUAAACUUGUAUUAUAAAAUAUAUAAAUGUAUAAAUUUUCAUAAUGAAAUAUCUUUGAAGAUGUGAAUUGACAGUUUCUUGUAUGAAGUGUUUACAAUUAUAUUUAUAGGGCUUACAACAUUGCAAGUAUUUAGUUUCUUUCUAGGGUGAUCCAUUGUGGCUUGGGUGGUGGGGGGGACAAGGGAGGCAGCUGUCUCCCUCCCAAAGUUGAAUUAAAUUAAAACAAGGAGCAUGGAGUCGUAACUAAAAAUAUUUUAUAACUAAUUAUUUUACUCUAUUGUUCAAAAAAUUUAUUUUAAAUAACUUAUGUUCUACCUUUUGUUAUUGUAUGGCAUCAUAAAUUCCUAUGAAAGAGGUUGAAUUCCCAAAAAUGCUUGCCUUCUUCUGUUUUGAGUUGGAUGUGCACUUGGUUUCUGUAAUACUGAAGUAAAAUUUGAUUGUUAACACAAAUGGUGAGACUGAAAUAAAAGUUUCCAUCACACGUAUAGUACAAAAAAAUAUGAAAGUUCUUUUGCAGAGAAUUUCCAAAUGUUAUCUUAUUUUUCAGGUUUCGUAUGUUCUAUAAAUUAUUUGGAAAUUUUUCUAUUGUGGUUUUUAAAUCAGUUAAAAAUUGUUUCACGAGAGAUUUUAAUUUGUGUUUAAUUUUAGUCUUGAAAAAUUAUCAGGAACAAUGUGUUCUGUAUGUUACAUAAAUCUUACAAUAGUAUGUAAAUUAAACAUUUUUGAAGGUAUAAAAAAACCUGAUUAGAAAUUUUGUAACUGUUGUGAUAUUUGUGCAAAUAAAAUUUUCAGUACAAGCCAAAA